AUGCAGCUCAGAGUCAGCAGAGGCUGAGAAAGGAGGGGAGAGAACACUGGCACUGAUGGACGAGCCAAAGGGUACCAAACCAAGGACAUCCUGGCCUAGAAAGGCCCUGCUCAUCCUGGGGUUCCUCUUUGCUUUGGCUGCUAUUGCCUUAGUCGCGAUGGCAGUGAGUCAGAACAAGCCACUCCCAAAGAAUAUUAAGUACGGGAUUGUGCUGGAUGCUGGUUCGUCUCACACUAACUUGUACGUGUAUGAGUGGCCAGCGGAGAAGGAGAAUGACACUGGGGUGGUGCACCAGGUGGAAGUGUGUAAAGUAGAAGGUCUGGGGAUCUCGGGUUACUCCCAGGACACAGAGAAAGCUGGCCUCUCCCUCCAGCACUGCAUGGAAAGAGCUCAGGAAGUGGUUCCAGAACACCAGCACAGAGAGACCCCUGUCUACCUUGGGGCUACAGCUGGAAUGCGGCUGCUCAGCUUGCAGAACAGAAGUAUAGCUGACAGGGUCCUCUCUGCGGUGGAGAAGACGCUGCGCUCAUCUCCCUUCAACUUCCAGGGUGCCAGAGUCAUCAGUGGUCAGGAAGAAGGAGCCUAUGGCUGGAUCACCAUUAAUUACCUGUUGGGCAACUUCAAGCAGCCUGGCUGGCUGAACUUUCUGCCUCACCUGAGAUCUAGCAGGGGGACAUCAGGGGCCCUGGACCUUGGCGGAGCCUCCACCCAAAUCACCUUUGUACCGGACCAAGAGCCGAUUGAAUCUCAAGAGAACUCACUGCACUUUCGUCUCUAUGGCAAGAACUACAACGUGUAUACGCACAGCUUCCUGUGCUAUGGGAAGGACCAGGCUCUGCGCCUGAAGCUGGCCAGUGACCUACAGAGCACACAGAAUGGCAGCCUCCUGGAUCCCUGCUUUCACCCAGGAUAUUUGAGGAUUAUGAAUAUAAGUGACCUCUACACGAACCCCUGUAUAGCUAAUGGUGAGCAGCAGCUUCCAUUCACACAGCUUCACCUCCAGGGGAAUGGGGAUUACCAAAGGUGCCGAAUGAUCAUCCAGAAGAUCUUCAACACUAGCCAUUGCCCUUACUCCAGCUGCUCCUUCAAUGGGAUUUUCCUGCCUCCGUUACAAGGGGAGUUUGGGGCAUUUUCCGCUUUCUACUUUGUGAUGAACUUUUUAAACCUGACAACAGAGAAGAGCCCAGUCCCUCUGGACAAAGUGACAAGCACUGUGGAAAGAUUCUGUUCCAGACCUUGGCACAAGGUAAAGGCAGAAUUUCCCAAGAUAAAAGAGAAGUACCUGAGUGAAUAUUGUUUCUCCGGGACCUACAUCCUCUCCCUCCUUGAGAAUGGCUAUGGAUUCACCAUGGAGAAAUGGCAAAGCAUCCAGUUCCUUGGAAAGAUUGGCAGCAGUGAUGCAGGCUGGACUCUGGGCUACAUGCUGAACCUGACAAACAUGAUCCCCGCAGAGAAGCCCCCGACACGCCCUCUCUCUCAUGCCAGUUAUGUGGGGCUCAUGGUGUUCUGCUCUCUCGUGUUGGUGGCGGUGCUCCUGCUUAGCUGGCUUACCUUCCACAAACCAAAGUGCCUGCAGAAGGGACUCAUUUAGGGAGUGGCAAAUCUCGCAGUAGAGGCUGUAAUGGGCCCCUGACCACACCACAAAGUUCUGAGGUCACCUGCAGAGCCAGCCUCACCCAGCAGAGUCCCUCUUGCCUUUCACUGAAGCUACUGCCUGUACAAGGGCAUUCAAUCUUCUCUGGCUCACACCUGCACCGAUGGAUGCACAGGCUCCUCUUUGUGGAGAUGUAUCUUGCUGGGUCACAUAAAGCAGCAACUUUUCGGCUCCUUUUGCUGCGUGUUCUUUUUGGUCUUGUUUAGAGAGAGGCAGCAGUAAUCCUUGAGGGAAUUGCUGUCACUUGGAAGCGCCAAGCUGACUGUGGGGCUAAUCUCAGGGUUAUGCAGGAAGUCAUUGCACUAUGCAGAGAUCUAUUUCCUUUCCCUGGAGACGGUCCCCACAGCUGCUCAGAGCCUGUCUGAGCAGGGCAUCUGCACCAGCACAAACCAAGCUUGCUGCCCUUGGCCACCUUCAGCUCCUCGGGAGCAUGCUGUAUCCUAGCUCUGUCUACCAUGUAAAACCUGGAUCCCAGCUGCCCACUGCUUGGCUGGCCACACAGCUGGACACCAUAUGGGACAAGCAGAUGUGAGGGGGAAAGGAACAGAAGAUGUUGGGUCUGGAGGAGGCCAGCAGCCUUGGCUGAGCUCUGGCAAUGGACCUGAAAUACUAGGAGGCAAAAUGUUCCUUCCACAGAAGAUUGUUGUAUAUAUGAAAGGAAACCUCUUCUCUCACCACCUUCCAGAAUUUAUCACUGGCCCAUAGCAGACCCCUGUCCAGAUUAAGUCUGAUGUAAGGGACCUGUCUAUCUGGUCACACACAUUCUUAGCCAGACACUGCUGAUCUCUCCAGGAACAACUCACAUUGGGCAAGAAUCAUUCGCAAACAGCUUCGAUUUAUAUUGUACCUGCAGACAGGGUUCCCUGGACACUGGACACUACAGCACACCAACAAGAUUCUAGCACUUGCAGUGGGACCAUCUCUCUGGCAAUUCUAAUCACACAGAAACCUAGGCCCCAGAGAAGGGUUUUUAGUAGAUCAUGUUCCUUUAAAAGACACCUGGCACCAGUGUAAACUGAAACAUGCAAAUAUUGAUGAAUUGAUUCAUGCUUUGUGUUUGCGACAUGCAUGAAAAUUAAUCACAAUCCGAACAUUCUUUCCUUUCCCCCUGCUUAGACCUAACAUCUCAACCUCAAGCCACCCCCCCCGGCCCCUCCCAAAUGUACACACCAGCCCAUUUUUCUAGCCUUUAGUAUGGGAUAGCAACUGAUCAGUUUUCAGCCUCUUGUAAUGUCACUCUUCCCACUUUUUGCUAAAGAACUGGAGUGGAAGCUGGGACUCAACUUCGAUAACAAGCAGAAAACACUGUGAGGCGUCUUCAUACAUCAAAAGGAGCCAGUUGCAAAUCUCCUUCCCUGAUAGCGAUCCCCCUGCUUUGGAGGCAAAAAGGAAAGGAGAUUCCCCAAAGCCAGUGAUGCUGGGUAAAGGGUUGGCAAAUAAAGGUAUCUACUUAGUCCCGAAGCAGAGGUGUGGAAGGGAAUCAGAUGGAGGGAGCUUUAUCGUCAUCGGCACAACCUCCUUUCAGCAGACAGAGAUAUAUAGAGUUUAAAGCCAGAAUGAUCCACUAAGAUCAUUUAGUCUGGCCUCCUGCAUAACACAGGCCUGAGAACCUCACCCAGUAAUUUCAGUAACAAACCCAUAACUUCUGUUUGAGCUAGAGCAUAUUUUUUAGAAAAGUAUCCAGUCUUGCAUUAAUGUUAAGUGAUGGAGAACCCACCACAACCGUAGGUACAUUGUACUAAUGGUCAGUUGCCCUCACUGUGCAAAUCUACCUUAUUUCUAGUAUGAAUUUGUCUAGCUUCAGCUUCCAUCCACUGAUCUCAUUAUGCCUCAUUAAAGACCCAUUUACUGUCAGAAAUCUCUUCCCCCUUGUAGGUACUUGUAGACCAUCAUCAAGUCACUUAUGAACCUUCUCUUGGAUAAGCUAAAUAGAGCUGCUCUAGACUCUCACUGUAAGGCAGCGUUUCUAGACCUCAAGGCAUUUUUGUAGCUCUUUAUUGAAUAUUUUCCAAUAUCUGAACAUCCUUUUUUGAAGCACUGACCUGCUGUAAACAGAGGUAAGACCUCACGCCUACUCCUGCUUGAUAUUACCCUCUUUAUAAAUCUAAGGAUUACAUUCCCCCUCUUAGCUACAGCAUCACGUUGGGCACCCAUGUUUGGUUUAGCUACCACGACCACUAAGGGUAUGUUUGUGCAGCAAAAUAAACCUCUGCAGCAGUGAGUCUCAGAGCCCAGGUCGACUGACUCGGGCUUGUGGGACUUGUGCUGUGGGGCUAAAAAUAGCCAUGUAGCCGCUCUGACUCAGACUGGAGACUGGGCUCUGCAGCCCACUCCCCUUGCCCUUUACAUCUAGAUAUAACUGUGCAUCUGGCCAUGUCAAAAGGCCCAGCUUACCAGCUAGUCCAGUUGGUCUGUAUAACUGACCUGGCAUCUUCAUUAUUUACCACUCUACCUAUUUUCCUGUCAUCUGCAAAUACACUGAGACCCUGGAAUGGUCCCAGUGCCAGAAACUUCAUUCUGCUCAAACUGUACUCAGCACUGGAAUACAGGGAAUCAUUUGCCCUGUAAAUGAAGUAUGUGAUCAGGGCUGCUCCAGCUGAGAAUAGUGACUCUGACGCAUCCCAUUUCCUUCCACCAACUCUGCAUUGUCUAGGGAACCUCCUUCUGCAGAGUGUUCCCUGAGGGAGUCGUUUCCACUGGGCUAACCGCCCCUUCUUGCUGUUAAAACAGGAUGGAGAGUCUGCCCCAGCCUGCAGUCUAGUCCUCUCCCUCUUCUCAGGUCAGCAGUCACACUUCAUCGCUGAGUGGGCAGCCCUGAGUUCUGGUAAGUGAUGGCUGCAAGUAAGUUUUGCCCUAUGGCUGGGAGUUGGAAUUGCCAAAUGUCAGGAAAUUCUGAGUUGAUAAGCCAGAUUAAUUGAAGCUGGUGUGGGGAGAGGGUUAAAUUUAUGCCCCAUUCCAGACUGGCCCCUUCUGUCCUAGUAGGGGAUCAUGCCAAGGGAGAUCAGACAGAUGUUUUCGGGUCUCUGUUGGAGAAGCAGUGUUGCCAGUUCUCAUGAUUUAAUUGCGAGUCUUGAGCUAUUCGGUGUUUUUUUCCCCUAAAACCCAGCUCCUGGAAUUGUGAUUAGGUGAGAAUCUCAGAUUUCGUUUCUUUUCUUUCAAAAAAGCUAGUUUCUAGCCCUGAUGAUUGUGGAGAAACUUGAAAACGUUGCCUGAAUGAACCCUAAAGGCCCAGAAGGCAAAGAAAAGGAACCCUAAAUGUGUGGGGUGUUUUUUUUAAUCUUAUGAUUUGUUAAGCUCAUCUCAUGAUUCAUGGGAGCCAGAUCUAGGAUAUUUGAGGACUUGAGGUGGUCACUACUGAGAAGGGCAAUUUUCAUCUGGCAUCCCCAUAGGAGCCCUGCAGGCCAAGGCUGUCUAGAGAAUGUGCUGAAUCUAUACAUGCCACCAGCCUCCUCCCUGCCAGGCCAGCACUGUCUAUGUCGUGGACUGAGGUGCUCUCUCUACUGGCCAUUUCCCCUGCUUUGACCCUCAAGGACUUUCUGCUUAGGGAAAGCUGCCCAAAACCACAGUCAUCGGCUUUAAGGCCAGACUUCUCAUAUAGCACAGGCCAAACAGGUUCACUAGUUAGCCCUACAUCAAGCUCAGGAAUUGGAGCCCUUUUAAAGCGUAUCUUACAGAAAGGCCUCCAGUCUGGAUCUGAAGACUCCAAGAGAUGAAGAACCCACCUCUUCCUGUGAAGUUUGUUCAAAUGAUUAGUCACCCUUUUAAAAACUGGUGCCUCAUUUCUAACUGACGGGCUUCAGCAUCCAGCCGUUGGUUCUUGUUCUGCCUCUCUCCUCGAGGUGAAAGAGCUUGUUAGUCCCCAGUAUUUUCUCCUUUGCAAUUACUUCUACACUGUAAUCAUGUCACCUCUUGGCUCUUGCUCUUCUUUAUUAAUUUAACAGACUGAGCUCCUCAAGUCUCUCCCUGUAGGGUGUUUCCCCAGCCCUUGCAUGGCAGUCAGCAGAGAACCUGGGUUGAAUUUAGCCCCGUGUGGGCAGGGCCUCCCUCACUCUGUGACUCCUGGCUCCAAUUCUGAGCAGCCCCUUUUCAGGCAGGCUUCCUGAGUUGAACUUUAUAACUUUGCAGGCUGCAGCAGGGGUCCACAAUGCAAUCAGACUCUGCUCCCUCCAGGCCUAAUAAAUUCCACCAGCUGUUCACCUUCUCCCCUUCACACAAAGGUCAAGCUUGAAACUUCACAGCAGUAGGGCUGAGACUCAUGCAGGGCUAAAGGCUGGGUAGGUGCCCAGCCCUCCAGCACCAUCCUGUCCUCUAGCUACCGACUUAAACAACCCCACUCACUCCCUACUCCCAAACCCAACAACCUCCCCAUGCAGCCACUGACUGCAAAUGCUUCCCUUGGCCUAUCGCUAAAACCUAGUAGAACAGGCUGAGUUGCAGGAGUCUAUUGUUUGGGGCAGAUGACAUGACAGUGGGAACAGUGCAGGAUGGCAAAUUCUGACUGCUUGGACCACAAGCCCUUCACUCCGAUUCUAAAAAAACCACUGCUGUGUAAUGCUGAUGCUAGCCAGUGUUUCUUAUGCCUUAUUCUCCACACUGAGCACCAGCCCGCACCCCAGACCCAGAAUUUUGCUGGGGCAGCUGGUGUGUGCUAGUGCUGAGGGGCAUGUGCCAGAGCCUAGGGGCUACUGGGUGUGUGCCCCACAGGGCUCUGGGGCAUGUGCUGAGGCCAGAGGGUCACUGGGGUCAGGCACUUUCCUUGACACCAUUCUGGAUCCCUAGCUUUGCUGCCCAGCCCAGCUGCAGCAGAUUGUUCAUUUUACGCACAUAUAAACUUUGGAAUCCUUAUUAAAAUCAAGACUUGUUGAUCAACACCUGUGGAGUUUCCUCAGUCUUUUCCAGAGGGUGGAAAAUUGGCCAUAAUGAGGAAGAGGGGAGUCAUUUCAUUUUUAGAAUGAGAUGGAAAAGUCUCAGGAAGGACUUUUCUCCAUUGCAUGUUUUCUAGGGUCUUCCGUAGUCCAGUUUUAAACAUCCCAGUGAUGGAGCUCCUACCCCAUUUCCUGGGAGACAGUUCUCCAGCUGGAUCCAUCUGCCUCCCAGUGAGUGGUGGGGCCCCUGCCCCAUCCCCUCAGCAACCCAGCUUGAGGUGUCUCACCAUCAGGAAGAUUCUCCUGAGCUUCAAAUUAAAUUUUCUAUUGUUCAGCUUGAUCCGAUUCUUCAUAAUCAUGUCCUCUUGGAUUGUAUCCUAAAUCAACCCUCUCCACCUGUAAUGUUUACGCAUAGCCACUAUUUGUAGAUAUGUUGCCCCCACCCCCACCCCCCAAAUUGUCAUUUAGCCAAAUCAAAUAUAUUUACCUCUUUUAAUCUUUCUCUACUGAAUCUUUCUCUCCAGCCCCUACUCAUUUUUUGGUUCUUCCCUGAAAAUUCCUCCAGUUUUGCCAAUAUCUCUCUGAUAACAAGAUGCCCAGAAUUGCAAAUAGUCUUCCAGGGCUGUGUUUAGAGGGACUGUCCUCUUCCUGUCCUGUGACCUGAGACCUUUGCUUGUGAAACCUGGGAUCAUAUUGGCUUUUUUGUUUCUCUUGCUGCUCUCUCAUAUUGCAGAUUCCUACCCUCACUUCUCAAUAUCAUUGCCUCCCGGUUUCUCCCUCUCUGAAUUUCUAGGGUUUGGAUAAAUGUUGCGCGCUGUAGUAGCUGCAUUUUUGCAAAGUAAGUCUCAUUUUCUUUCCUGUCCCUGUUUCUAACACCUAGAGCUCUUUGUGUUGUUUCACUAGCCUCACUGGUGUUUGCAACUCAUUUGGUAUCUGCUGUAAAUUUCAUUUCCUUCAUUACCUAUUCGCAGGUGUUAACAAAGACCAGUACCACCUGCUACCCACUUCCCCCAAUUUACUGCUCAUGGUUCCUUUCCCCUGUAAAGUUACUGUGAGUUCUUUCUGUGCUCCAUUAUUUCCUUAGGGCAACAAGGGAGAUUUACCAAACCAGCAGUGCCCAGAGCAAUAUUGGCAUGUUUUCCACCAUUAGGGCCCCAGACUCCUUCCUGUUACAGCAUCAGUCACAGGCCACCUGUGAAUAGCAGAGCUGUGAGGGUGGGUGUGGUGGAGGAAGGGGCUUAUGCCCAGGUGUUACAGUAUCUCAUUAAGCUCAUGACACAGUGUUCCAAUGGCUGAGUAACACCAUCCUACACAAGAAAUCUGCCACCCUCUCUGAGUCCACCUUCCCUGCCAAAAGCCAGUGCAGCCCAUUAGUGCUCAGAGGUCACACCAGUUUCCUCCUUUCGCUCUCUUCAGCCCCGGGGCACCUACCAUCUGCACCUAUAGAAUCCCUCAAAGCCGUUUCCAAGUAUUAUGCCUUUUGCUUUUUUCCUGCAAGCAUUAACAGAUGCUGGUGCCUGCUGCACCAUUUCUUAUCUGAUGUAUUUAGCACCUGUACAAAGCACAACUAGAGACAGUACCUGCUCCUGAAAGCAUAUCACCUCCUGAGACAGAAGAUGAGACAUGGGGGCAAGGAGUUAAAUUGGGGAUGGAAGAAGGGGGUUAAUAUAUUAUUAAAUAUAUAUUUAUUCCUUUUCCUUGUA